GCUGACGACCGCUCUAACUGCUUCCUGCUGAAUUGGGGCAUAGUAGGAGUUGUGCAGUUGAGAUUUCCUCGGGAGGGGUGCCUUUGAUAUCAUCAACAUCGGAGCAUGGGCUAGCAGGCCGGUCCAGGGGUCCACAGUAGGUCUUAGUCGUGGACUGCAUCUGGGGCUCCAUUUGAAGAACAAUUUGUAGUUUUACAGCUUCGGUUCUGGAAGAGACAAACUUAACAAGAGACAGGGAUUGAAAUGUAUGGCCUGCAGUAUAGGGGAUUAUUUCUUUGGCACACUUUACAGGCCCUGACUAUCUGCUUGAUAGUUUUAAAAAGGUCUGGUCCAGUAAACAAUAAUUUGGCCAUCUGAUGGGUGCUAUCAAUGCCUAAAUGAAAGGUUUGGUGAAAGAUUUCAAGUAAUUUUCAUUGGUUAGCUGCAGGAAAAAGUGUUUUUCCUUCUUCAUUGGCUAGCCAUCUUGAGGGGAGGAAACUAUGUCCUCGUGAGGUUCCCUAUUCUAUUUCUCCUGUUGAGUACCAGGGCUUGGUUUCCCGGAGAGGAUUACCCCAUACUAGGGAUCCUUCUAUAAGCAUUUCUAAUGGAGGGUCCUGCCUUGUGGUUCUUUUGGCUUCAAUAUCUGCUUGGUGGUUCCCUCCUAUUUCCCUUUCCUUUCCUUUCCUUUCUCAUGACCCCGGCAGUGGAAGACUGCCACCUCUUUAGGUUUCUCUACCGCCAAUAAUAAUCUGCUAAUGGCUUCCUGAUGUUUGAUAGGUGUUCCCUCAGAAGUUACGAAUUCUCUUUCUCUCCAUAUUGCUGCGUGGGCAUGGAGGACAAGAUACUAAGACUGCUACUGCUGCCACUACCUGUAAACAAUGAGGCCAAUCUUUUGCCACUACAUCAAUUUCCUUACUCAGAUGGCAGGAGAAGAGAACGUCAAGGAAGAGCUCAGAUCCCAGGAUGCUUCCAGCAACUUGAGCCAGCAUGAGGCAGCAGGGCAUCCACAUUCCUGGUCUCUGGAGAUGCUGUUACACAGAUUGAGGACUGACCACACCAAGCAGGAUGACAAGUUUGCCAACCUCCUGGAUGCGGUGGGGGAGUUUGGCACAUUCCAGCGGAGGCUAGUGGCCCUCACCUUUAUCCCCAGCAUCAUGUCAGCCUUCUUCAUGUUUGCUGGCUACUUCGUGUUCACAGCCCAAAAGCCCUAUUGCAACACCAGCUGGAUCCUGGCAGUGGGCCCCAACCUGUCUGAAGCUGAGCAGCUGAAUCUGACCAUACCCCGAGGACCCAAUGGCAAUUUCCUGAUGUGCCUCAUGUACCUUCCUGUGCCUUGGAAUCUGGAUUCUAUCAUCCACUUUGGCCUCAAUGACACAGACAAAUGCCAAGAUGGGUGGAUCUAUCCUGACGCUAAGAAGAGAUCGCUGAUCAAUGAGUUUGACUUGGUAUGUGACGCGGAGACGAAGAAGGACACUGCACAUAUCAUGUUCAUGGCAGGAAUCCUGAUAGGCUCUCUCAUCUUCGGGCUCAUAACUGACAAGAUGGGCCGCUACCCUGCCAUCCUGCUGUCACUGCUGGGGCUGAUCAUCUUCGGCUUUGGGACAGCCUUCGUGAACAGCUUUCACCUGUAUUUGUUAUUUCGCUUUGGCAUCUCGCAGUCAGUGGUGGGCUACUCCAUCAGCAGCAUUUCUUUGGCCACUGAGUGGUUAGUGGGCGAGCACCGGGCCCACGCCAUUAUCCUGGAACACUGCUUUUUCGCUGUUGGGGCCAUGUUGCUGACGGGGAUCGCCUACAGUCUUCCCCACUGGCGGCUGCUGUUUCUGGUGGGUGGGGCACUUGCGGUCCCCCUCAUCUCCUAUAUCUGGAUUCUCCCGGAGUCCCCACGGUGGCUGAUGAUGAAAGGGAAGGUGAAGGAGGCCAAGCAGAUGCUGUGCUACGCUGCAAGUGUGAACAAGAAGACCAUUCCUUCAAAUCUGCUGGACGAGGUGCAGCUGCCCAGAAAGAAGGUGACUCAGGCCUCUGUCCUGGACUUCUGUAAGAAUAGGCAGCUCUGCAAGGUGAUCUUGGUGAUGAGCUGCGUGUGGUUUACCGUCAGUUACACCUAUUUUACGUUGAGCCUGAGAAUGAGAGAGCUGGGCGUGAGCGUCCACUUCAGACAUGUGGUCCCCAGCAUGAUGGAGGUGUCUGCCCGGCUGUGCUGCAUCUUUCUCCUCCAGCAGAUUGGGAGGAAGUGGAGCCUGGCUGUGACUCUCCUCCAAACCAUCAUCUGGUGCUUGCUUCUCCUUUUCCUCCCUGAAGGGCUGAAAUCCAUGACGAUCUUGGUGCUCACACUUGGAGAGUUCAGCCUGGCCGCCACUGUCACUGUGUUCUUCCUCUACACCGCUGAGCUCCUCCCCACCGUGCUCAGGGCGACAGGUCUGGGGCUGGUGUUUCUGGCCUCGGCGACUGGAGCCAUCUUGUCCUUGACAAUCAUCAACCAGACCCCCUCCUUCCUGCCCAUCUUUCUCUGCUGUGUCUUAGCCAUCGUGGCCUUUUCCCUCUCCUUCCUGCUACCGGAAACGCGAGAUCAGCCCCUCUUCGACAGCCUGGACCACUCCCCACAGAUGAGGAAUAAGGUCAAGGACAUGACGCCUGAGGAUACGUCAUCUGAUGAUAUGUCAUCUGAUGAUAUGUCUGAAGAAGCGGCCAAGAACGUCGUUCUCAAUGCCCAGAUCCUGAGAUUGUUCCCAUACCCUGUCUCCAAACCUGCCUAGGAUCAAUAAAGAGGAAGCAAACAUCCAGGCUCCCCGAGGGCCAGGCCCCCAGACCAUCUUGGGUUGGAAUUGAGUGGCCAAGUAUGGGGUCGUGGAUUCCAGGCCACAGAUUCCAGGCCCAGUUCAGUCUGUGGGGCAGGAUCAGUCCUGCUCCCGGACCAGCACUUGACAUUAAAAAAAAAUGGCCGCCCUUCUGCGGGAGCUCUGCUGUGAUUCAUUCCAAUAAAGGUACAAUGUUGGUCUUGA